AGUACACAGUUUACUUAUUGUCACCAAAACGACACCGUUUCGAGAUGGUCCUUCCUGAACAAAACAACGGUGAAGCAAGAACCAAAGACGAGCUGUGUUUCCCGAUUAGUUUUGUCUUUUUGAUUUCUCUUCAUAUCCCUUUCCGUUUUCGCCCCGAUUUUUUUCCCUUCUUCUUCCGAAUCGUCGGAUUUGUAUCCAUCGACGACCACCUUUUUGUUUUUUGUUUUUAAAGACUAAAGAAAGCACACAAUAAGCCUCCACUCUCUCUCUCUCCCUCGCAAGAUCUGAUCCGAUUUUACCCUCUUUUUUUUUUCCAUUUCUCUCAAACCCUAAUCUUAAAUUCAGAUUAAGCGUUUUGAUCUUUUCCUUUCUCAUACUUUUCAAUUUCAAGAUUAGAGUCUCAAUUCUGUCUUCUCUGAAUUCGAUCUGGGCCUUGUACAAUUUUGUUACUUUUUCCCAAAUUCUGGUUCUUUUUGGUGGCAAGGUUUUCAAUUAAUGUGGUAGAUCGAGACCCAAGGGAGGAGGUGGGGUUGAGAGGUGCAUGAGGAUUUGGUGUUUCUCUUGCUUCACCGACGAAGAGGAAGACGUAAACAGCGGCAGAGUGAAGAAACAAUCUUCUUUAGCAACGGCCAUGGAGAACAACAAUAACGGCGAUGGCGAUUUUGGUGAAAACGAGAGGGCAACAAGAGUCUCAAGCUGGAGGCUGUGUGCGGAGAUGCUGGCGAGGGAGGAAGAAGGUGAAGCCGCUGAAUUGGAACGCUUAUGGACCUCUGAGAUUCGACUACAUCAGUUAGUUCAAGGAGAGAGUAGCAAUGCUGCGCCUUCUGCUGCUGCUGCUGCUGCUGAGGAUAGUACGAUGGAGGAAGCUGAUCAUGAUUCGCAUCACAAGCGUGCCAAAGUGUACUCUGGGCUUCCUGAGUGCAGGUCGGUUUCGAAGGUAUCUUCAGAUGCUGGGAAUUCUGGUUCGUUAGUGGAGAGAACNCGCAAGAUCUGA